AUGUCAUUGACUUGUCAUGAACGGCACAUUAACACUGUCGAUUUGAAGUUUGAAGGCAAUGAACAACCGGUAGCGACGUAUGCUCCCAAUAAAAAAUUUCUUCAAAGACAACAACAGACAGAUAAUGAGAAUCCUAUUGAUGAAAUGUUACUUGGCGAGCAAAUUGUAACUACCCAAUAUUCUAAAAAUGGAUGGAUAUAUAACCGCGGAAUUUAUUUCGACAACUGGUACACAGGUUUACCACCACAACAGUGUUUUUGUCCUCUAUCAACGUACGGAGAAUACUGUCAAUAUUUUAGUGAUCGCAUUAUAGUUAUAACAUAUUUAGAAGGACAUAUACAGCCUAAAAAUGUUUCUGACAUUGUAAUCAAAGUGUUUGCUAUGCUUUUUCUUCAUAAUGAAAUAGUCGAUGCGAAGGAGUUUCAUUUUACAUCUGCAUUAACGAAUUUAAAUUAUGAACAUAAAUUUAAUUUAAUUUAUCCAAGAUCAAGAAUAUUUUAUGAAACAAUGAGCAAUUCCUCGUCAUAUUAUGUGAAUUUUGAAGCAUAUCACUUUAAUUUGCAUAAUGCAUGUUUAGAACAUGAUCCGUUACAUAAACCACUUCCAUUGAUUUAUUCACAAUUUUUACCAUUUCGAGGAUAUGGACAAUGGCAAAAAUAA